UCACUCUCACUCCCCGCCUUUUUUUCAAAACCUCUUUCUUUAUUCAUCAAUUCAUCCAUCUUUAAUCCCAAUUUUGUUCUUCUUUGCAGAUCUUGGACCCUUUUUUCACUCGAAUUCUGCCCCAAAAUUUCAUCUUUUUUUCGCUGGAUCCAACGCUUGGUCUGUUUGGCAGUCAAGAUUGAUGUUAUGGAGAAUCACAGCAUGAUUAUUGGUCAAAGGCCCGACAUACCAUGGCAUGCACAUACGAUGGUGACUGGACAGAACCAUAAUUCGCAACCGGGACAAGCCCUAAAGCCCGAAAACGGAUUAGGAGAGAACGGUAACCGACACAUGAGCAUGCCACAUCAUCAUCACGAUCACGAACUUCUUUUGGACCACGAGAUAGCAUCCAUGCCACAUCAUCACGGUAACGGAGAACCAACUGAGUUUGAUGGUGAUGACGGCGAUUUGGAUCACGGUGGUAUUGGUCAACCAUCGGUCAACAAUCCUGAUAAUCAGUUAGUUCUUGCUGAUCAACAUCACGAGAUGGGUUUAUCCGUUGUAGAUAACCAUAACCAUGAUCUUGCUGGCCCGUUAUCGUUUCACCAGCCGGAACUCGUGUUCACGAAUCAAGUAAUCCAAACCCGAACCACACCGCCUCCAAACUAUGAACUAACAGUGGGUCAAGAAUUUCCAGAUGUUGCCAGCUGUCGUAGGGCGUUAAGACACACGGCGAUUACGCUUCAUUUCGAGAUACAAACCGUUAAAUCGGACAAAACACGAUUUACCGCCAAAUGUGCGAGUGAAGGCUGUCCAUGGAGAAUACACGCAGCGAAACUACCUGGUGUACCGACUUUCACAAUCAGAACGAUUCAUUCGGAACACAACUGUGGUGGGAUCGCUCAUUUGGGUCAUCAACAAGCUUCGGUUGACUGGGUUGCAAAUACCGUUGAACAACGGCUCAAAGAAAAUCCGCUAUGCAAGCCGAAGGAGAUUCUAGAAGAAAUCCACAGGACGCACGGGAUUACGUUAUCGUACAAACAAGCCUGGAGGGGAAAAGAACGGAUUAUGGCUGCGUUACGUGGUUCAUUUGAAGAAGAUUACCGUUUUCUGCCGCAAUAUUGUGACCAGAUUCGGCGCACGAAUCCCGACAGUAUCGCCUCUGUUUACGUGAAUCCAAAUGAUAACUGUUUUCAACGUCUUUUUAUCUCUUUUCAAGCUUCGAUUUACGGGUUUUUAAACGCGUGUAGACCGCUUAUCGGGCUUGAUAGAACCGUUUUAAAAAGUAAGUAUCUUGGGACGUUGCUUCUCGCAACGGGUUUUGAUGGUGACGGCGCUUUGUUUCCGCUAGCGUUCGGUGUUGUUGAUGAAGAAAAUAAGGAAAAUUGGAUGUGGUUUCUUUCGGAGCUUCACAAUUUGUUAGAAAUCAACACCGAAAACAUGCCCCGACUCACGUUUUUAUCCGACAGGCACAAAAACAUCGUGGAUAGCGUCGAAGUGAAUUUCCCGACGGCUUUUCACGGGUUUUGUAUGCACCACCUCAGCGAGAGUUUCCGGAAGGAAUUCAACAACACGAUGCUAGUCAACCUGCUCUGGGACGCCGCCAAUGCGCUCACGUUAAUGGAAUUUGAAUCGAAGAUUCUAGAAAUAGAAGAGAUAUCUCAAGAAGCUGUAUAUUGGAUAAGACGAAUCCCGCCGGGUUUAUGGGCUACAGCGUGUUUCGACGGGACCCGUUUCGGCCAUUUGACGGCUAACAUAGUCGAUUCGUUAAACGCUUGGAUUGCGGAAGCUUCUGGGCUCCCGAUCGUUCAAAUGAUGGAAUCUAUUCGUCGGCAGUUAAUGAUGUGGUUUAACGAGAGACGUGAAAUGAGUAUGCAAUGGACUUCAAUUCUCGUUCCGACUGCUGAGAGACGCGUAUCGGAAGCUAUUGACCGUGCGCGAACCUAUCAAGUGCUUAGAGCAAACGAAGCUGAAUUCGAGGUUAUUUCACAUGAAGGGACUAACAUUGUCGAUAUCAGAAACCGUCGGUGUUUAUGUCGGGGAUGGCAGCUUAACGGCCUGCCGUGUGCGCAUGCGGUGGCUGCGCUUUUAUCUUGCAGACAAAACGUUCACCGGUUUACCGAGAGUUGUUUCACGGUGGCGAAUUAUAGGAGAGCGUAUUCACAAACGAUACACCCGGUUCCUGAUAAGACGCUUUGGAACGAAAUGACGGAUUUACCCUCGCAAGGUGAUGGGAUUGAAAUCAUUAUCAACCCCCCAAGGUUGAUUAGACCACCGGGACGGCCGAGAAAGAGGAGGAUAAGAUCGGAAGAUCGUAGUUCUGUGAAGCGAGUUGUGCAUUGCAGCCGGUGUAAUCAAUCCGGGCAUUUUAGAACUACCUGUUCCGCUCCAAUUUGACCCGACCCGUUUUAUUUGUCAAGUGGGUCGUGAUGGGUCGAUAGUCGGGCAUGCGGCUAAAGUGUACUGACUAGUGGUUUGAGGUUAAAACUUGUUUAAUAUGGUUAACAGAUUUUAGGUUUGAAUGUGGUGUUUGUGUAUUGCUGUUUUGAGGUUAUAAUGCAUAUGGUUGAAUAUAAAUACUGUUAACAGGUUAUUUGAA